UGCGUUUCAAAAUGUAGUUCUGUCUCGCUACGGCAGGUGCAACCUUGGAAACUUGACAUAACAUACUUGGAUUGUACCGGGGCUGUUGUACACCCACUCAUGUGUACAGAUGUGUACAGAUCAGACUGACAGACAUUGACAGAUACUGAGCUGACCCGGAUGGCCAGAAGCGUGAUCGUGGUUUCCGUUAUGCGUGGUUAGAGUUGACGGUAUACAACAGACGACGCCGGACAUAUUACGUAAACAGGCGACAGCUUGAGGCGGACGGGAGUUGUGAGCGCACCGGAGAGCAUCUCCGACCAUGACGCCAGGGAGAAUGCUGAUGUUUCCACUUGUUGUUAUUGUGUUUCCUGUGGCCAAAGGUCAAUCAUGCAGCUUCAUUGAGGUUCCGGGACAGAAGGGGUCGGACAGCCUUUGGAGUGACACGGCGACCGACACAAGCCUGAGUGCCUGCAAGACUCUCUGUAACACGACUGAGUUGUGUAUAGCGGGAGAAUUCCUCUCCACCACGAACACGUGUCACAUCUACCUGGUGGAGACAAACCUCACUGGUCAAACUGAGUCGGUGUUCUUUCAGUGGACCUAUACUAACGAAAGAGAUGUUUCAGACGGAUUCCCUGUAGCUUUGACAGUGGGGUUAGUCGUCGGUGGUGUGGCGCUCGCUGGCAUGGCAGCAGCAGGUGGCGUAUACUUGAAAAAAAGGAAUAAUGGGUACUCGGGUCGGGUGGAUACUGAGUAGGACCCAGGUAGGACUACCUGAAAGAACAGACCCGAGGACGAAGGCCAAGAAAAAGAAGAACUUCAGGAAAGCCCGCCACAGCCUCAGCCGAUGAAGAAGAAAAAUUGAAACCGGAGAACAAUUGAAAUCGAACAGAGAAAGUAUGAAGAAACUGACCGGCGUUUUUUAAAAA